GAUUCGAAUGUUAUAUAGGGUUAUCUGUUAUCGCACAAUGCUUGGUUUAUUGCAAUUUUUCGCAACUCAGUGUCGUUUUAGAGAUCGGACGUGAAAGACCACAUACAGCUACUAUGACUGAGGUAUCGAAGGCUUUUGUGGCUAGCAAAAUAGUGCCUGAUGUCAUCCCCAGUGCACCAUCUAUAUUAGUCAAGCUGAGCUACCCAAGCGGCGCCGUGGCUUCUCUGGGCAACGAGCUGACUCCCACUCAAGUGAAGGACCAACCCUCAGUCACCUAUGAUGCUGAUCCCAACUCGUACUACACUCUAGUUUUUACUGACCCAGACAACUACGACGGCCCAAAGAAAUUAUACCGCGAAUGGCAUCACUGGUUGGUAGUGAACAUCCCGGGUAACAACGUAUCUGAUGGCGAGACUCUGUCAGGGUACAUCGGGUCUGGACCCCCUGAAGGCACUGGCAUACAUAGAUACGUCUACAUUCUCUAUAAACAACCCGGGAAGCUGUCGUUUGAUGAGCGGAGACUUACUAACAGAUCAAUCGAAGGACGAGCUGCCUUCUCCACCAACGAAUUCGCCAAGAAGCAUAACCUUGGAGCACCUGUCGGAGGAAACUUCUACAGAGCCCAAUUUGACUCCUUCGUUCCACUUUUGUACAAGAGUUUAGGAGCAUAGUUUAUAAGUACUGUUAUUUCAUUUAAACAUUGAUUUGUUAGUAAUUUUGUCAUGUUUGUAAAUAAAAGGUUUGAACACCA